AUGGACUUGGGUUUCCACUCACCCUUGCACCCACCAUCUCUGUCUUCUACUACCAUAACAAGAAGGCCCAAUUUCAAUUCCCGGCUUUUCAUUUUGAACAGGCCUUUCACUCUCAGGAACUUAUCCUUGCCUUCUGCUCUGGCAUAUGAUUCUGAAUUAGAGAGCAAAAAGCAUCUACUGCUGACCUCUGUCCAAGACACACAAAGGGGUCUCUUAACAACUCCUGAUCAACGCUCUUCUAUUGAGGAGGCUUUGGUGAAUGUGGAAGGCCGAAAUAUGGGUCAACCAAUCAAUCUGGCCAAGUUGGAUGGGACAUGGCGCCUCCAGUACACUUCUGCCCCUGAUGUUCUCAUUCUUCUACAAGCUGCUGCUACACUUCCCUUCUUUCAAGUUGGACAGAUCUUUCAAAAAUUUGAAUGUCGUGAUCAAUCUAAUGGAGGUGUUAUCCGUAAUGUUGUUCGAUGGAGUAUUCCAAAUUUGUUAGAGGAAGAGGAAGGUGCUACGCUGCUUGUAUCCGCCAAGUUUAAUGUUGUUUCUGUGCGUAAUAUAUACCUUCAGUUUCAAGAGAUCACAGUGCAAGAUAUAAAUAUUAGUGAAGAGCUGCAGGCUCUAUUAGCUCCAGCAAUACUACCACGAUCGUUUUUAAGUCUUCAGAUUUUGCAAUUUCUCCGCACUUUCAAAGCUCAAAUCCCUGUGAGAGAUCCAGGAAGGGAAUCGGUAGGAGGACUAUAUUACCUUAGUUAUUUGGAUGAUAAUAUGCUUUUGGGUCGGGCUGUUGGUGGAGGAGGGGUGUUUGUUUUCACAAGAGCCCAAUCUCUCUACUGA